AUGCAUCCGUCACGACAUCCGCGUCGGCCCCAUUGUUGUACAACAAAAAUACCAAAGAGACAGCAUCAGUUACAAAUGCCCGCCUUUCAGAUGUUACGCUUUCUGCUGUUGUUGGUGUGCUACAGCUGUCAUCAAUCACAGACUACAGCUGCUAUUGAAUAUAGUGCUCAGCUGAGUCAAUGCUAUGACAAAGCAUACGGAUUUGGAGGAUAUCAUCUGUUCAAUGAUUCUCUGGCACCGGGUAAUCAAUUGAUAUGGGAUUCGGUUAAUGGUACUGGGUUGCUAAGGAAUGGUAGUGAAAUUGUGAGGACAUUGGCACAGCCGGAGGCAACAACGGCACCAGGAUGGAAGUGUUGUUGUUGGAAUGCAACAAAUUCGGAUGAAGUUGAGUGCCGUUGCGAAGGAGAAGCUCUAUCCCGAGUACCACAGACAUUAACUGUACCAUUGCAAAGGCUAACAAUUGCCUCGGCUGGGUUGCCACGUCUACGAAAUACAGCUUUAAAGGUUUACAAUGCAUCACUGUCGGAUAUGUAA